AUGCAUUUAAAUGAGUCUUCUCCUGUAUUUAGGGAUAAUCUACCACGUCUUGUAUCCAUUCCAAAAUAUCCAUAUAAACUUAGCGUUACUGGAGGUUCAAAUAAAUAA